AUGGAGUACAAUCUUACGCGCGAAGAGAAAGUGCUCUGGGCUGUUUACGCAUGGUGGUCGUGCGUACUUAUUUUGAAGAUGAACGCUUUGACGUGGUUCACCGGGCGGAUUCGUGUAGCCAGACAGGUGAUUCACAGCGAGGUGGACAGAAUGUGGAUGAAAGGUCCCAAUAUAAUUUUAUGUCCGACCGGAGGCGGUCACGAAGACGUGGAUCGUAUUCGUAGCGCUCAUCAACACGAUCUUGGAACUGUGCUCCCUUAUCUGCUAAUUGCCCCGAUAUGGCUGUGUACGUCACCGGUGUUUCCUGUCGCCAGAACGAUCCUUCCUUGCUUCGCGAUAGUCAGCAUUCUGUACACCCUGGUACACAUGGAGAUCGUGAGUCUGCCCCGUUAUUGCAAAACAAUACUCUCCGCCUCUGAACUUUGUAUCUUGAUCAGCAUGUCCGGAAUGUCUGUGCUCCACUAUACGAAUUCACUGUGGUUAUAG